AUGUCCAACACUAAUUUGCCUCCUGCCAAUGAAUUUCCAGCUGUGCCUUACUCGGUCAUGGAUUUUCAUUGUGAAAGACCAAUUAAUUCGUGGGAUUCUGCUUUCGAAUUGAAUUAUGGUUGGUUGGUGGGAUUGGUUGAUUUGAAUUCAGAGUCAGACUAUGUGAGACAACGAAUUGCGGAUUAUUUAACUCAAUUAUUGUCUUUGGGAUUUAGUGGAUUUCGAGUGGAUGCAGCCAAACACAUCUCACCAGAUAAUUUAUCAACAAUAUUCAAAAAAUUUAAAGACAAUUUAGGAGGUGGAGAUUAUCCGGACGACUUUAUUGCCUAUCUCGAAGUGCUGAUUGGUGGAGAAAAGGAUCUCCUCAUGUGUCAAAUGAACUCGUACAAUUAUGGACCUUAUUUCGAGAUGGCCAUGCAAAAGGCAGGUCUCAGCGCAAGUGAUAUUUACAAAAUUAAGAUUUGGGAAUCAGAUUAUCCCAAGGAGUUUCCAAUUUGUGGUUAUUGGCCCAUUAAAUCCGAACGCUAUGCGAUUGAGAAUGACUGUCACGACGAUCAAUUCAGUUCCUCCAGCAGUAGAGACAUGGGUAAUGCGGGAAGUGUUCUCGUUUUGCAAAAAAACGUUCCUCAGCAUCGUUACUUUGAAGAGUUUCUCUUUUCACGAACAGAUGGAAAUUGGCAAAUUCGACUCGUUCUCUCUAGCUAUACCUUUUAUGACAAAAUUGGAGCCUUUCCUUUCCCGAUGGGUAUUCAAAUUGUUCGAGAUGUUCAGAUGGAAAGAAUUGUGGGGGUCAAUGUACCAAGUCCAUGCCUUAUUCAAAAGCUCAUGAUCCCAAUGUGUGUGGCUAUACAGUUUUUGAUCAGAAUGGGAAUUGGGCAAGUGGUGUCUAUACGAGAGUACAUCGAGAUUUGUCCAUUAUUUUGGCCAUGCGAAGAUGGCAAGGUUUACCAACCAGUAAUUUAA